AUGGGCAACUGCCAGGCGGCCGAGGCGGCGGAGGUCAUCAUCCAGCACCCCGGCGGCAAGGUGGAGCGCCUCUACUGGCCCACCCCGGCCGCCGAGGUCAUGAAGACCAACCCCGGCCACUACGUCGCGCUCGUCAUCCUCCGCCUCUCCCCCGACGACAAGGCGGCCGCGGGGGACGAGGCCGCGGCGGCGGCCGCCGUCGCAGGCGCCGGCGCCGCAGCGAAGAUCACCCGGGUCAAGCUCCUCAAGCCCAAGGACGUGCUCCACCUCGGCCAGGUCUACCGCCUCAUCACCGCGCAAGAGGUGACCAAGGCGCUGCGGGCGAGGAAGGACGACAAGAUGCGGCGGUGCGAGGCCAUCAAGCAGCAGCACGACCAGCUCCGGCGCGGCGACGGGGCGGAGCAGGGCGCCUCGGACAAGCCUCAGGACGCGAACGCGAACGCGAAGCAGCGGGUGGAGAAGGACCGGCACCGGGGCUCCGGCGGCGCGCAGCCGGCCGGUGGCGGCAGAGGCCGGCACUGGCGGCCGUCCCUGCAGAGCAUCUCCGAAGCCGCGGCGGGGCAGAGCAGCAGUAGCAUCUCUGAAUCCACUGCGAGCUAA